UAUAAAAAGCUUAUACACCCUUUCAUCUGUCUAUGUCCCCAUCAAAUCCUCACCGUGCCGUGUCAGUUGAUCUUUUCAAAACCAUAUUCUGAUCCGCUUGGGUAUAAAUCCAAUUGGGUAUUUGAUAUUUUUGCAAUUGAAUCUGGUUUUUGGAGUGUUUGGCUUUGAAUCUUUUGAUUGGAGAUGGCUGUUUCUAUGAAUAUGGUGCGUGGUGGGAUUGAAAUUGGUUCUUUGAAGGGAAUGAAAAGGAAUAACAACGUGGUUCGGUGUUCAGCUAGGUUGACAGAUCAGUACAGGACGCUGAGAAUCCAACCUGGGGCUUCUGAGAAAGAGGUGAAAAAGGCCUUCAGACAGCUUGCUUUGCAGUAUCAUCCUGAUGUAUGUAAGGGAAGCAAUUGCGGUGUUCAAUUUCAUAGGAUCAAUGAAGCUUAUGAUGUUGUGAUGACAAGCUUGACGGAAUCUGAUUCGGAGGAAUUGCAAUCCUAUGAUAAUGGAUAUGGUUAUGAUGGCUGUGAUGAGCCCAUGAGAGGCAUGUAUGACUCAAGCUGGGAUUUAUGGGAGGAAUGGAUGGGAUGGGAGGGUGCAGGCAUCAGAGACUAUUCUUCUCACAUCAAUCCAUACAUCUGAUUCGAGUGCUAAACGGUCCACAUUUUCUAUUUUAUGUGGUUUUGUAAAUAAUCAUUUCUUUUCUUUUCUUACAAUCCAAAUUAAGAUGUAUAUAGAACUUGGUUUGGAAUUCCAAGUGUAUGUAUGUUUCCUUUGAAAAUACAAGUCAGCAAUAAGAAGAUUCAAUGGUGAUUAUUUGUGAA